UUAUGUGCCGCCAACAAAACGCGCUGGUCGGUGUGCGAGUCCUCCACAGCACCGGAACACGUCCACCAGCGCGCCUAUCUCCACCGGCACCGGGCGGGGGGGACAUGCUGUGCUUGUGACACCUUUAGGACCACCAGAACCUCCGCAGAAUCACCUCCGCCCUUACCACUCAAUUAUUUGUCUUUUUACGGGGGAGGCUUUUCUUUUUUUUCUUUGCUUUUUUAUUUGUAUUUUUUGCGGUGGUUCGAGGUGCCGACCCAGUUGUGGAUUAUUGGCUCCGAGGCUGCACAAGAGCUUGCCAUGGAGGAGUCGAGCUCUCACAAGGUGGUCUGGGACGGGGACGCCAAGGCGGUGCAGCAGUGUCUGACGGACAUCUUCACCAGCGUCUACACCACCUGCGACGUGCCCGAGAGCGCCAUCUUUGGGCCGUGCGUGCUCAGCCACACCUCCAUGUACGACAGCAUCGCCUUCAUCGCGCUCAAGGCCACCGACAAGCGCACGGCGCCCUACAUCUUCAGGGUGGACACGUCGGCGGCCAACAGCACCUCCGAGGGUCUCAUGUGGCUCCGGUUGGUCCAGUCAGCGCGGGACAAAGAGGAGCAGAACCUGGAGGCCUACGUGAAGAACGGCCAGCUCUUCUACCGCUCACUGCGUCGCAUCGAGAAGGACGAGGAGCUGCUGGUGUGGUACGGCAAAGACCUGGUGGAGCUGCUGCUCCUCAGCUCCAGCAGGGCGCCGGCUAAAAGCAAAGGUUCGUCCCACAGCUCGUGUCCUGACUGCAGCCAGCGAUUCCAGUUCGAGUUCCCCUUCCUGGCCCACCUCCGGUUCCGCUGCACCAAAAGACUACAGAGCCUGACGGGGGCGGACGAGGAGCCCGCCAAGGUGGGGAGCCCGGAUCGACCCAACGUGACGCCCACCAGGACCAGCCCCAAGCUGGGCCGCUCCGAGGGCUUCGGGAGCCCUCAGGACAGCAACAAACCCUCCACGGACUUUCACAACCUGGCUCGGGAUCUAGAGAACAACCGGACCAGUCCGCUGAGGGACAAGGAGGCGGAGGUCUGCAGCGAGAGCUCAGGGAAGAGGAAGUUCUCCGAGAUGGAGGACAGGGAGUGCCGAAGGCCUGUUCUGUCCCAGUCCAAGUCGAAGGAAGAGCUAGCUACGUCGGCCCAGAACUACAGAGGCGUGUACGGCCUGGAGGAGAACCACAGGUCCUUUUCCUCGUCAGGAUCCUCAGAGAUCUCAGAGACCAAGCGGAGCGCCUUCACCGAGGUCAAGAAGUCGGCCCAGACCCUCAAGAACCACGGCAGCAGCAAAAGCCUGUCCGGCGCCAACUCUGAAAACAAAGACGGCGGCCGGCCCAGCAGCAACCCCUCGGAGAAGCACCUGAACAUCCGGCAGGUGCUGUCGGAGACUCAGCCGCCCCAGACGCCUCCCAUGGGGAGCGCCUUCACCUCGGUGAGCCAGCAGGGCGGCAGCGGCGGCGAGAGGAAGAGCGCCUUCAGCCAACCGGCCCGCUCCUCCUUCUCCCAGAUCUCCCCGCUGGUGAUGCCCCCCAAGCUGCUGGACUGCCACCCGGCCGUGGGUGACACCAUCUCGUCCAACCGCCUCUACCAAGCCGACCACCUCGCCGCCAAGCUGCAGGGCGCUGAGCUGGGCGCCAAUUGCCCGGUGCCGGGCGGCAUGGCCAAGCAGAGCCCCUUUGUGUACGCUGCCGCAGCCGCCGCCACCACCUUCUGGCCCAAGAGCUCAGGAGCCAUCCAGCUCCAGAUGCCCUCGGCACUCACCCUGCUGCCGCCCUCCUUCACCUCGCUCUGCCUGCCGGCACAGAACUGGUGCGCCAAGUGCAACGCCUCUUUCCGCAUGACCUCGGACUUGGUCUACCACAUGCGCUCGCACCACAAGAAGGAGUACGCCAUGGAGCCGCUGGUCAAGCGGCGGCGCGAGGAGAAGCUCAAAUGCCCCAUCUGCAACGAGUCCUUCCGGGAGCGGCAUCACCUGUCACGUCACAUGACCUCCCACAACUGACUCCCGCACACAGACCACACCCCCCCUUUGCACUGGUUCGCGACCUUGGACUUCUUCCACCUUUUCUUGUGUGUGAAAAUGCGUUGUGACUCUGAAAUGAAUCUGAAAUGAAUCUAUUUAUGAAGCACUGGCGCGCGGGAGCCUCAAGGGAAGACGUGUAAAUGUACAGUGAGUUGUAUUUUAUAGACAAAUGCUACAAAUAUAACGUAAAGACCACACGGCGAAGGGCGCGAGCCUGCAUGUUCUGGCAGUCUGACACCUGUGAAUAAACGGCUGGAUCUGAAA